CCUGGCGCAGCCAAUAGCUGUCCGUGUGACGCGCCUCGCUGCCCUAUCGUUCACUUUCCUCGUCGGUGGGUAUUUAUGUCGUGGGAGGCUUGACGAGUGUGAAACACACCCAUUUCAUACUUGAGAUUCCCGAGUCGUUGCGAAGAAGCUGAAUCGAAGGCAGUUUUUAGUUGUUGGAUGGGAAACGCCUGUCUGCUCUCACAGAUCUUGAGGCAGGAACUGCUGCUAAUAUCUGUCGCAAUUAGGCGUCGGCUGCAAGCACGUUAACCACGCACUAUCGGAGAUAGGCGACAUGUCUUCACCUCCGGCGCCCUCACCGUCGACAGUUGCGCAGCUUUACAACUACUUCUGGUCACGAAGAGACCCUCGCACCGAGGGAUGGGGCGGCAUAGCGGACUCCAGGUUCGUGCUGCCUUUGCUGCUGGGCUACAUAUACUUCGUCAAGGUCGGCGGCCCGCGUUGGAUGAGGGAUCGCAAGCCGUUCGAACUUAAGUGGGCCGUGCUGACGUACAACGUAUUCACCGUGAUCGCCAAUGCCUAUUACGCGGUGCGAGUGUUUCAGGUGGCGUACCUCUCGGGCCACUACAACGUGCUCUGCCAGGGCAUCGAGUACGACAACCCCAGCGAGAGAGACCUGGAGAUUAUGAGGCUAGUCUGGUGGUACUGCCUGGUUCGAGUCGCCGACUUCCUGGACACCGUGUUCUUCGUGCUGCGCAAGAAGAACUCGCAGAUUACGUUCCUGCACGUGUCUCACCACGCGUUCAUCGUGUUCAGCGGAUGGUUCUACAUGAACUUCGGCACCGACGGGCAGCCGGUCAUUGGAGUGAGCGUCAACGCCCUCGUGCACGUCAUCAUGUACUCGUACUACUUCCUCGCCGCCCUGGGUCCCUCGGUGCAGAAGUACCUGUGGUGGAAGCGCUACCUCACCCAGCUGCAGAUUGUGCAGUUCGUUGGCCUCAUGAUGCACAUGUCGAUAACGCUAUUCUACGACUGCGGAUACCCGAGGCCUCUGGCCCUCUUUGCACUCAGCCAGGGCUUCUUCGGCCUUGUGCUGUUCGUAAACUUCUACGUCAGAAACUACGUCCUCCGGAUGACACGGGGGAAAGAAGUUGGCGCCGUACGCAAAAGGGACUAGGGCCGCAGUGCUCAGGACUAACGUGCGCACCACGUGACGGACGAAAUGCAGUGCGCAACACACUUCGCUGCCAGUAUAGGACAAACGUGCGCUGUGGGCUUACGCCGAACUGGGACGCUUCGGAAGUGCCAGCGAUUUACAGCGAUAGCACCAGCACAAUUUAAACGCUGGAAAGGGCGGCCAACCAACCGUUGACCAAGGAAUACGUCUUGACCAGGCUGAACUUGUGCAAUUGUCUUAUUUCAGCGAAGUUAUGAACUGGUACUUAUCCCAUUCUCCGCAGCGUCGAAUGGUGCCGAACAUGAUUUCGGCACCAGCGCUAGGACCAGUCUAGGAUCAGCCACUUGGAGUGGCGGAUGACGAGAAUGCAAGUAGAACUGACCAGAAGGUCAGUUGCUAUCACGCGUGGUAUGUACAUAUUUGCAACCUUACCUUAAGCUCUUGGUAGAAAGUGUCUCUUUUACUCAAGCGAUUGUGAUAGGUCUAAUUUGAUUAUUUCCAUUUUUUUAUAUCUACAUUGUUCUCAUUAUUUGUGUAUGUGGCGUGUUUUCUUUUGUUUUUUUUUUUUAAGCUACAAUUUUGGGA